AUGGAGGAAGAGUGCGAGGAGAGCACGAGCCUCCCUGUGCGGUACCGUCCCGAACCGCCCGCUGCCCUGGCACGCGCCUCCCGGUUCACUGCGCACGAGAUCAAGCUCAUGUACCGCGGUUUCAAACAGGAGUGCCCCACAGGAAUGGUGGAUGAAGAGUCCUUCAAGAACAUAUUUUCACAGUUCUUCCCUCUCGGAGGUGAGUGA